UCUUACCGGCCCUACGAUUGAAAUCCGCGUCGGUACAGCGACUUCCGUACGCGAUUCUGCCGACCUUUCUGUCAAUUGGUUCCUACCCAAGCGCUUGAUCUCGCACCACUCGCCUUUCCUUGCGGCUGCUUCUAACCGGGACUUCAAGGAACGUCGCGAGAACCUGAUACAGCUCCCGGACGACAAACCCACCGUCUUUGCGUUGUUCGUUGAAUGGCUGUACUACGGAGAUUACACUCCUGAACCACCGUUAGCGGUCCCUCACAGUAAAACCGUUGGUGUCAGUAUUGACGCUGAGUGCUGGGUCCUUGGCGAUAAGCUAUUGUGCACCGACUUCAAGAACCACGCUAUGAAGCGUCUCUAUAAAGCGUCUCUAUGA